UAUUUGAAAGAUGCGGCCUCGCGCCCCAGGGCUUACUUCGACCUACCUUCCACCCUGGUCUGGGACAGCGGCGGCUGCGGCGAUGGAGGCGGAGGAGGCGGCGGCUCCGAGGCAAGGCGGAGCCGGCCGGCGGGGACGGGAGCGUCUUGUACGCCGAGGGAGAUCCGGGCCCUGGGCCCAAGAAAAUGUCUGGUAACAAUGAUUGGUUUCAGAGUCCCCGGGUUCCUAGCUUUGCUCAGAUGUUGAAAAAGAACCUGCCAGUUAAACCUUCUUCAACAACAGUGAAUCCUCCUCCAGGAUAUUCAUCAUCAGAGAAUUACAGUGUGUCAAAUUUAGCUUCUAAGGUUACACAAGUCACAGGUAACUUUCCAGAACCACUGCUUUCCAAAGUAGUCCUCCCUAAUCCAAAUACUGUUCUUCCUCCAAAGAAGAUUCCCAAAGAAUUCAUUAUGAAGUACAAACGUGGGGAAAUAAAUCCAGUGUCAGCCCUGCAUCAGUUUGCACAAAUGCAGCGUGUACAACUUGACCUUAAGGAAACUGUAACAACAGGUAAUGUUAUGGGUCCUUAUUUUGCCUUCUGUGCUGUGGUGAAUGGUAUUCAAUAUAAAACUGGACUGGGACAAAAUAAAAAAGAAUCUAGAUCCAAUGCAGCCAAGCUAGCCCUUGAUGAGCUUUUGCAGUUGGAUGAUCCUGAAUCAAGGAAUGUAGAAAGCUCAGAGGAUCAUUUGGAAUAACGGGGAAAGCCUCCCAAGGAUCAGGUUCACUUUGAUAAAUAUGGUGGCAUAUCCAGCAUCCAUGCGGCCCAAUUGCUUUAAGAUGAUAUAAAGCAUGUCCUGCUUCACCAUGAAGCUUACUAAUUGUGUUAAAGUCUUUCCAGUCUUCUUUCAAGUAAUGGAAUCGAAUGGAAAGAGCAACUGGUAAUACCAUGAGAAUUAAAUAGUAGCGAGGACAUAAGAGGUUCAAAACAUAUGAUAAGUAUAAUUAUGAGGCACAAAGCAAAUAGUAGAGUAAGAAGUAUCUGUUUCCCCAUGGUUGGCUAUUUUUUCAUUCCCACAAUUACUGUUCAGAUUUUUUGAUCUAGAGUUCUCAUCUGCAGAAUUAACUGGGGAAGGAGAAACAUCAGACAUAGUAUUAAAAUAUAACAAAGCAAAAGCAUUUUUAGAUACAUGGCUCUCACAUGAAACAGUAAGGAGCAGAUUUUACAUGGGCAUGAUAUAUCCAAUAGUCUUUAUCUGUGAUCUUGAUUGCAGCUGAGGUGGUCAACAGUACUAGGAAUGGGAUUUCUCAGGCAGCUUGACUUUUGCUGGAAAUUCUUGAUAUGAAUGUUAUCUCUGGCAUUGGAAGUCAUGUCAUGGAAAUCAAGAGAUCUGGUCUAAAUCUUCAGUUUUUGUUUCAUGAAAUUCCUUUCAUCUAUUUUGUAAUUCCUAUAUAUUUGAACAACAUGUAUCUCCUCCCCAGCAAUGAUAUAUUGAUUUUAGAGAA